AUGGCCUCCAACGACAACGACCCUUUCUACCUCAGGUAUGGUUAUCAUCCGGCUCUCCCCUCUGAUCUGACACACUCCCCAGAUACUAGUGACACCGGCCACUCUGGCAAGCACGGCCACGAGUUUCUGGAGUUCGAGUACUCCCAUGGACGUCUCCGAUACGCCAACAACUCCAACUACCGUAACGACAGUCUCAUUCGCAAAGAGAUGUGGGUCGGCCCGCUCGUCGUGAAAGAGCUGAAGCGGAUCGUCGAAUCGAGCGAAAUCACCAAGGAAGACGACACCAACUGGCCGAAGAAAAACAUCGUCGGCAAGCAGGAGCUCGAGAUUCGCGUGGGGAACGAUCAUAUCGCGUUUGAGACCGCCAAAAUCGGCUCGCUCGUCGAUAUCCAGGACAGCGAAGACCCCGAAGGACUUCGCGUGUUCUACUAUCUUGUCCAAGAUCUCAAGUGUCUCAUCUUCUCUCUCAUCUCCCUCCACUUCAAGAUCAAGCCUAUUUAGAGGCUCUCUGCCGGAGUAGAUUGCGAAUGAAUUCUUGGUAUUGUAAAGAAGAUCUCAGCGACCAUGAGCAUCAGGCUGGUCUUCACCCCGUCAAGAAAACGUGCAAGUUCCGUGUCUGGCGUGUGUUUGUAUGCACCACAAAUGAAAUAAUACAGAAAACAGCUGCUCUUCCAGCCAAAAUCUUUGAGAAACAUGUAAUACAUAAACGUACUGGUCCCUUUGAACGACCGUAUCAGCUGUUGUUGUGCUCGAUCAAAGCGGAGGAAAUGUUGAAAAGUCCAAAACAGGUGCCAAGAAACCCACGCGGUGGUGUCCUUCCUACCACUUGAGGGACAGUUAACUUUUUGUUGGGGAGUCGAAAGAAGGACCAAGAUAGGGGCGAGAAUUAAUAUUACCUUUCACUCACGGUCACGCCAAGCUGCCAACCGCCAGGGAUUACUCGUACAAGACUAGACAAGACUCUAAAUGAGCUGAUACAGAUGUGAAUGCUAGGUGAUGAGUGUAGAUAUUCCAUGAGAAUGAGAUAACAUCAUAAAUCAAGCCACCACAUCCGCAGAACUAAAACUGCUUCGCCUCCUCCGCACGGGCCGCAACCCUGGCCGCUCAGACUUGGUCGCCGGCACCACGACCGCAUCCACAUUCGUCUUCAUCCACGCGUCCGACUGCUCCUUAGGGGCGCGCUUCAGAGUCGCACUCGCUACAUCCGUCAACGCAGCAGUUGCUGCCUGCCUUCUCGUCGUCGCCAGUGUCGGCAACCGCGAAGGCGUCGGCGAGGGCGGCGGGUUCGGUCGUCGAAUCGCAGCAACGGCAGCCUUGGCGGCCGCUGUCGUGCGAGUGGUAGCUAAUCGCGGGAUCUUAUUCGGGCCCUGCGAUCCUUUCGAAGUCGUCGCCGGUGCCUUGCUCGUUGACGCCUUGCUCGUUGAAGCCUUGGCGGACGCCCCACUAGUCCCCGUGCUCUGCGAUGAAUUUACUGGAGGCCUUCUGCCCACUGCAGCAGCAACCGUAGUCGAUCGAGUGACGCGGUGCGUUCGAGAAUCAGACGAAGUGGGUGCCUUUGGUUUUCCCGCUGCUUUGCUCCGUGCCCCGGCAAUUGGCAACGCCGGCAGCGUAUCACUAUCUUCAUCAUUAUCGCGCCCGAGCUCAUCCUCCGAGUCAAAUUCCAAUCUUUGGCCUGUGCCUGGGCUGCUGCGAUGUGCCGACUGGGUGUGACGGGCACUGCAACGCCUUUCGUAGGAGAGGGAGGCGGAGUGGUCGACAUCGGAACGGCAGGUAGAUCCUCCUCCGCAGGCGGUGUUGCAGGUGUGACCACAGUCGCCGAGGCCAGGAUCGCGGCAGCCUGC